UGAGGUCCAGUGAGGUGGGGAGUAAGAUCCCGGCCUGCGGUGCAGAGCCCUGUCCCCGCUGCUCUGUCCUUGUGUUCUGCCGCACCCUCUGUUCUUGGAUUUUCACCUCAGGAAAGCUAGGUCGCUGCUCCACCCCCAGCCAGGGCCCAUCAGUCCGGGAAAAGGGUACAAAGUCUCCUAGCUCCCUGGCUCAGGCCCAGCCAGUCCUAGCUCCAGGGAGGCUGCAGCCCACGGAGAUUGAGCUCCCAGCUCAUUGUCACCCCAAGCUGAGCCGUGGGACCGUGCUGCUGAACAGGAAGAAGGGAAUGGUGUCUCUGUGGAGGUCCGGCACUCUCAGUGGCCUGAGGAGUGGAUGCAGUCGCCUUUUGUCAUUCCGAGGCUGUGGGAACUGGUGGAGGGGCUGGCCUCAUCCCCACUGAGGCCUGGGGUGCCCUUGGAGGCAGCUGUCCUGGUGCACCAAGGGGUCAGGGCACACAUGGGUGGCCUGGGAGCGUCCGGGUGGCACUGAGCUAGCGUUGUGAUGGGCAGAUGGGGAGCCCUGGGUGCACAGACACACAGACCAGGGGACGGCGGCAGAGGCCCUGGCGUUGCCCCCACUGGGGAGAGGGCAGGAGCACCUGUUCCCGGGUGUGGAGAGGCCGAGUUUCAGGCACCUCUGAGCACCUGGGGGAAGUCUCGGUGGGGGAGGGGGCGGAGUGCGUCCCUCAGUGUGAACACAGAAUAUAUAUACAGACAGCACGCAUGCAAGUGCAUAAACCUAGAAGGAGGUCGUGGUGAGGCGGGAACCCCAGUUUCCCGGGGGAGAAGUGAGAGGAGGAGGGGUCCUGGGUCGGGCAGCACGGCCGGCACCACACGCUCCCAGAGCACCGCGUUGGUGAGACAGGAUGGGUGCCCCUUCAGAUGCACAGCCACCCCCCGAAGUAGGAAGAGAAACCCAGCAUCUGCUGCUGCACUUUGCCUGGGAGAGGCCCUGGUGGCCUCGUUCCUGGCGCCCGGAGUCCCUGCUGCGGCCCCACCCCCAGGCGGUCCCGGUGACCCAUGCUGCCCAGCCUGGAGGUAGAAUCGUUCCUGGCGGUGGCUUCAGCAUGUCGUCCUCGGUAAAAACCCCGGUGCUGGAAGAGCUCGUUCCGGGCUCUGAGGAGAAGCCUAAAGGCAAGCCGCUUCUCAGCUGGGGCUCUCUAUUUGGUCACCGAAGUGAGAAGAUUGUUUUUGCCAAGAGCGACAGCGGCGUGGAUGAGAACGUACUGACUGUCACCAUCACGGAGACCACGGUCAUCGAGUCAGACUUGGGUGUGUGGAGCUCACGGGCACUGCUCUACCUCACGCUGUGGUUCUUCUUCAGCUUCUGCACACUCUUCCUCAACAAGUACAUCCUGUCCCUGCUGGGAGGCGAGCCCAGCAUGCUAGGUGCGGUGCAGAUGCUGUCCACCACGGUUAUCGGGUGUGUGAAAACCCUCGUUCCUUGCUGUUUAUAUCAGCACAAGGCCCGGCUUUCCUACCCACCCAACUUCCUUAUGACGAUGCUGUUUGUGGGUCUGAUGAGGUUUGCAACUGUGGUUUUGGGUUUGGUCAGCCUGAAAAAUGUGGCAGUUUCGUUUGCUGAGACAGUGAAGAGCUCCGCCCCCAUCUUCACAGUGAUCAUGUCUCGGAUGAUUCUAGGGGAGUACACAGGGCUGCUGGUCAACCUCUCCCUCAUCCCAGUCAUGGGCGGGCUGGCGCUGUGCACGGCCACUGAGAUCAGCUUCAACGUCCUGGGGUUCUCGGCCGCACUGUCCACCAACAUCAUGGACUGUUUGCAAAAUGUUUUUUCGAAAAAGCUUCUGAGCGGGGACAAGUACAGGUUCUCGGCCCCGGAGCUGCAGUUCUACACCAGUGCCGCCGCGGUGGCCAUGCUCGUCCCGGCCCGGGUCUUCUUCACGGAUGUCCCAGUGAUCGGGAGGAGCGGGAAGAGCUUCAGCUACAACCAGGACGUGGUGUUGCUGCUUCUGACAGAUGGAGUCCUUUUCCACCUUCAGAGCGUCACGGCCUACGCCCUCAUGGGGAAGAUCUCCCCUGUGACAUUCAGCGUCGCCAGCACCGUGAAGCAUGCCUUGUCCAUCUGGCUCAGCGUAAUCGUUUUUGGCAACAAGAUCACCAGCUUGUCGGCGGUCGGCACAGCCCUAGUGACAGUUGGGGUCCUGCUCUACAACAAGGCCAGGCAGCACCAGCAGGAGGCGCUGCAGAGCCUGGCUGUAGCCACUGGCCGGGCCCCAGAGGACACGGUGGAGCCGCUGCUUCCACCGGACCCCAGGCAGCAUCCCUGAGAGCAGGAAGCUGCCAGCUGCUGAUGUUCUCGUGAUACCGCAUCUCCUGGAAACGGACAAGGUCGCCCUCCUCCACGGCCCUGCUGGGGUGCAGGACACGGGGAGCUAAGUCGGCCAUUCCCUGAGGUUUUCUUGGUUUGCCGAUGAAGACCAGUGGAAACUCACACUGGGGAUUCCAGGUAUCAGCUUCCUGGAGUGGAGACCAGAGCCCCGUGUCAGCUGAGCCCAUCCCCGUGUCAUGUGAAAACAGCCUCUGCGGCUCCCAUGCUGGGGGUGCCCACUUCCUCUCUGGGCAGCACCCCAGGGUCCAGCGGGAGCCAGAGCUGGGUCCAGUGCCAACGAGAGCUGCUCCCUGCUACAGCCAAGAGAGCACUCAGCUUCCCACACCAGCCACCGAAGGCCCUGAGGCCCUGGACUGGCUGCAGAUUGGCCCUGGGCAUGGGGCCACAGAGCAGGGCCGACGGGCAGGGACAGAGGGCCCUGGAAGGAAGGGUCUCCUGCUGCCACAGUGGGCAAUCAGAACUUCUCCUCACCUGACCCACCAGGGCUGUGUGGGCAUCCUCAGAUUAUCCCAGAGUCAUCGCGAGCCUCAAGCUACAGCAUGGCAUGGAAAUCAAGGGCUAUGACCACGGAGGCCAUUCCGUCCCUUCUGUGAAGAGGAAGGCCCCUGUCCACCUUCCCCACCCUGGGCUGCGUGAGCCCCCCCACCCCAGGGCACCCUGCCCUCCUACCUGUGGUGGUUUCUAGCCCUGAGGUUGAGGACAAAGCUCUCGUGUUUAACUUGGGAGGAGAUGUGUACAUUCCUUUUAUUUUUUGGACUCAGUAUCAGGCACGCUAUUCUGAGGUCCCUGUGGGGUGAGCCUGUCUGUCCUCCCUUGGAGCCCACUACUGUUCCUAAUCUCAUCAUCCAGCACCUGUCCGGAUUCCCCACGUGAGCCUUGGGCAGGACAUUGCAGUGUUGAUGGCAAUGGCUUGGGUUACAUGGUGUUUACCUGGGCGCCAUCCUUGCUGAAAAAGGAAGCACCCACACUGAA